AAUCAAAAAGAAAAAAACAAAUUAGCUAGAAAUUACACAUCCUUUAUAGCUGUAAUAAGUGGACGAUUAAUAAACAAAACAAUAGCCAAACCUGUUUAUCUGAUAACAGAUUGUAUUAUUGUAAUGGAGCCUGUAGUAUUGCACAUUUUCAACGAAGGCCAACAUAAACUAAUGGGGUAAACAAAGUUGAUGGGAACUCAGAAUUCCACUUCCGAGUUCCCAUCAGAAAGAGUGCAGCUAGGUGCGCAACAGCGGCAGCAGCAUCCCUUUCGACGCCCAGCUUCAUUUCAUAGUUUGUUGUGUAGCUGAAAAUUGGUGUAAAAUAAUAUACAUUAAACGUGAACAAUGGCUACUGACUCCUGGGCUCUGGCUGUCGAUAAACAGGAAUCUACGACUGACUCUUUCGGCUCCUUGGUGAUAAGAUCUCCACCUCGAGGUGGAGGUGAUGCUGCACCUAGAAAGGCAAAAGGUACUACAAAACAAGUGGAGAAUGGCACCGAAGGGGAAGAAAAAGAGGACAAAGCAGCCCAGUCGUUGUUGAAUAAGAUGAUCCACACCAGCCUUGUGAACACAACCAAUCAAGUAGAGGUUCUUCAGAGGGAUCCGAACUCUCCUCUUUACUCGGUCAAGACAUUUGAAGAGCUGAGACUGAAAGAUGAGCUGCUAAGAGGAGUGUAUGACAUGGGUUUCAACAGACCCUCUAAGAUCCAGGAGAAUGCCCUGCCCAUGAUGCUGGCAGAACCUGUGUAUUAUCCCUCUGGUUCCAGACCUCAGAACCUGAUUGCCCAAUCACAGUCCGGCACAGGUAAAACAGCUGCCUUUGCGCUGGCCAUGCUCAGCCAUGUUGACCCAGCUAACAAAUGGACUCAGUGUCUUUGCAUUGCCCCAACAUACGAGCUAGCUUUGCAGACUGGUAAAGUCAUUGAACAGAUGGGGAAAUUCUAUCCUGAGGUCAAAUUGGCAUAUGCCAUUCGUGGCAAUAAAUUGGACCGAGAGACAAAGCUUCAGGAGCAAAUUGUCAUCGGGACACCUGGCACGGUCCUAGACUGGUGCUCCAAACUGAAGAUCAUCGACCCCAAGAAGAUCAGCGUCUUCGUCCUGGACGAGGCUGACGUCAUGAUUGCCACACAAGGUCACCAGGACCAGAGCAUCCGGAUCCAAAGAAUGUUGCCAAAUGAAUGUCAGAUGCUGCUGUUUUCAGCCACGUUUGAGGACUCAGUCUGGAAGUUUGCCGAGAGAGUUGUGCCAGACCCCAACAUCAUCAAGCUGAAACGUGAAGAGGAGACUCUGGACACCAUCAAGCAGUAUUACGUGCUCUGCAAUGAUAAGGACGAGAAGUUCACAGCCCUUUGUAAUAUCUACGGAGCCAUCACCAUCGCCCAGGCUAUGAUCUUCUGUCACACCCGAAGGACAGCUGGCUGGCUGUCUGCUGAGCUGACCAAAGAGGGCCAUGUGGUGGCACUGCUGAGUGGGGAGAUGACUGUUGAGCAGAGAGCAGCCAUCAUUGAACGCUUCAGGGAGGGCAAAGAGAAAGUCCUAGUGACCACCAAUGUAUGCUCCAGAGGCAUUGAUGUUGAGCAAGUUUCCGUGGUGAUCAACUUUGACCUGCCCAUGGACAAAGACGGAAACGCUGACAACGAGACAUACCUUCACCGGAUUGGUCGCACAGGACGUUUCGGCAAGAGGGGGCUUGCCGUCAAUAUGAUUGACAGCAAACAGAGCAUGAACAUUCUCAACCAAAUUGAGGAGCAUUUCAAUAAGAAGAUAAACAAACUUGACACUGACGAUCUGGAUGAAAUCGAGAAAAUCAGCAACUGAAGAGGAUGCUAUCCUUUUAUAAAUCAUAAUUGAAUGCAUCUAAUAUUUAUGCAGGUGGGACUGUUGCCUCACAUUAAUAAUAUUACUACACAGAUCAUACACGUAAGGUUAGCUAGCGAACCAGCCAGCUAACGUUCGCUAGCUAGCUAACAGUAAACUUUAACUUGAAAUGAAACAACUUUCUGACAAAAUUAGAAAUAAUUAUCUGAAAAUGGAACUAGCUAGACUUUCUUACCCAUAUACAUGGAUGGACGCUUCUCCCCCUCUGUCACGGAUGCCAUGGUUGCCUUAGUUUGAAGAUGUAAUCCGGAGACAGGUGUUUUACACAACAACCUUCUGUGUAUUCUCGUUUCGACUCCAUCUGCAUAUUUGCAAUCAUACGUCAGAAUUUUCUCCAUCUCCUUAGCAAUCAUACUCUAGUUCUACUGAUUUCAAAACUCGACCCUCCAGAAAGUGGAAAGCAACUCUUAUGCAGUUCUACUACGAGAUAGCUAUCAAAAAAAGCUGCGUUAGAAAGGAUUACCUAAACAUACUGACCAGCUCAUGUUAUAGACAGAAGCGGGCUACAUGGCAGACCAAUCCGAACUCAUCUCUUUGCAUGUCCAGCCCAUCCGUUAUCUCAGCCAAUCAUGGCUAGCGGGAAGGUUCCUGCAUUUUUCUGUGGCUAAACUAACUAGGCUCGUAAUUUAACAAUAUUAUUUGUAUUUACAGAUGGCAUACAAAUUUUAUUAAGGCACAUGAAAGUUCACAUGUUCCAGAAGGCAUUUCUGACCCCCAAAAAACGCAUUUUGAUAAUAAAAACAAAAGUUUACAUUCAAAUGGCUCUCCUGUGAAGUGGGCACCCGCGACAUACAUACGUCUAGUUUCCUGAAAUGAGUCACAUUUGUGGUUUUGGACUUAAGUCACUUUAAGGAUUUAUUUGAAUGUUUACAUGAAAUGACAGUAUAUGUUAGCCAUGCCUUAAUAAUAUGCAAAACAUUUAGAUUUCAUAUAUUCUGCUCUUUGAGACUAUUCGGAUUACAGUUGGUUUUCAUUUGCUAUCAUUUUUAUUGAGUGGUUACACUAAACUAAUAUUUUACCCUCUUGAUCGGGUGCUCUCCUCAGAGGAAUGCAUAGGUGUACGCAUUGGCCAUAUGGUUGUUUGCAGCAUUAUACAGUAUAUUGAAUAAAACAGAACACUUUGCAAAAGUUAGACUAAUGGGGGAAGUUUGCUGUGCUGAUUUGUGUGAUUUGAAGUUGAGCAAAUGAGAAGUACUGUACUAACUAAACUGGAGAAAUGUCCAUUCCUUAUUAAUGAGAAGGCAACUCAUGAUCAAUCUAGUCUAGACUAACAAUCCUUGAGAUUUACAGCAUUUCAGUAUUGCAACACUAAAUACAUUCUUGAUAGUUUGGAUACACGGGUGUUUCACAGUAAUCCUAAGAUUCCAUUGUAAUAUUACUAUGAGUAUUAGAGCGGUUGCACCAUCUUGUAUUUUAAGUUUUCCCAAUAGGGCUCUGCAAAACACAGAUGGAAGGUUGUUUUGGUGAACAAAACUUGUUUCCAGUCACAUUCAAUUGGUUUGAAACGAACAUGAAGAUUUGAGUCAGAAUUGGUUAAUAUUUUCCUUAAACUAUUGGCAUGCUUAUUCUGUCUACUGACACAAAUUGGGCACUUUUACCAAGUAAAAUAAGAUUGUAUGGAAUGUACCUAAAUUGUUAGGAAUAGAUUUAUUUAGAGAAAAAAGCUUUAUUGAGCAAAACACCAUUUUAAUAAUGUUUUUUGCACCUUAGUGAAUGUUAUUUAUAUUUGGACUGUGCUUGAACUAAACUUGUUAAGUGUUUAGAGUGUUUACCUUGGCUAUGGAAGCAAUACAUAGCCUCUGCUGAAUCUAUUCUCUUAUACUUGUUUGCACUUUUUGGUUUUAUUGCUCUAAUAAAGAUUACCUACCUAAA